AUGCCUGUUGAUUUCCAUCUCUCCCCACCCGAAGAAGGCAUCCGUAAAGCCGCCGCCGGCUUCACGGCCGGCCCUCUGAAGGAUGCCAAAAAGACCUAUAUGCAAUACCAGCACCACCACGAGAAAUUCCAGUCCACACGACCCCUAUACCAUCAAGCAGUCGCAGGAGGCUUGAUCAAGGGCCAAAUCCCACCUCGUCUGGGAGGAGCAGGAGGCAGCUUGAUGGAGGCGGUUCUUCUGGUCGAGGAGAUGUACAGAGUUGAGCCGGCCGCGUCGCUGACAAUCUUCUCCACGGGUCUGGGGCUGACGCCCAUGAAUCUGACGGGAAAGCCGGAGCAUAAGGAAUUUCUAGAGCCAUUUUUGAGCGGGAAGGGGGAGCCUUUGGCCAGUAUGGUAUUUUCCGAGCUAGGGGGGGUUGCGAACUGGCUGGAGAAGGGUGCCCCAGGGCUCAACACGACUGCGACGCUCGAAGGAGACGAGUGGGUGCUGAAUGGAGAAAAGAUUUGGGCGACCAACAGUGCUGGUUGGGACUUUGAAGGCGCAGACCUCCAAUGUGUCGUCUGCCGGGUCGCAAACCCCAGCUCUGACGAGCCCGCCGACGCCAUUAUGAUACUCCUCGUCACAAUCGCUGACAUCAGGCACAACGCCCUCGGCGCAUUUAAAGUUCUUCGCCACGUCCCCACCGCCGGUCACACCGCCUGCUCAGGCCCCCAUAUCAAGUAUACCAACCUCCGCGUACCCGCUAAAAAUGUCCUAUGCCCGCCUGGUACCGGCGCGCCAAUUGUCUCGGGCGCUUUCGACUGUACCGCCGUCCCAGUUGGCGCCAUGAGCGUUGGUAUCAUGCGAGCUGCUUUCGACGCCGCGCUGGCGUUUGCAAAAAGUGAUAACCGCAGAGGGGCGGCCGACUUGCUGACAAGGCAGGCCGUGGCGGAUUUGUUGAGCGGUAUCAAGAUGCAGACGGAGGCGUGCAGAGCCCUUACGUGGAAGGCGGCGAAUUGUCUUGAGAAUGGGCCCGGCGAUUAUAAUGCUAGGCGUGAACUGGCGCUGGCGGCGAAGAUAUAUUGCUCAGAUGCGUGCACCAAAGUCGUGACGGAGGCUAUUAAUGUGGUCGGAAUAACUGCAUAUGACGCCGAUCAGCCGUUUGCGGAUCUAUUAAAUACGGCCAUGGUGCUGCCGAUUUUCGAUGGAGGGAAUGUUGGAAUCAGACGUCGUCAUAUGCAGGAGCUGAUGUUGUCAAAGGACUAUGAUGCUUGGGCGUCGACUUAUGGUCCUUCGAGGUAG